AUGGCUGCUCAAAAUCACUCAGCAGUGACAGAGUUCGUCCUGGGGGUACUAACAAGCAGACCAGAGCUCCAGCGGCCCCUCUUCCUCCUCUUCCUUGCCAUCUACUCGGUCACCGUGGUCGGGAACCUGGGCAUGUUCACACUGAUCUGGCUGAGUGCUCAGCUGCACACCCCCAUGUACUACUUCCUCAGCAAUAUGUCCCUCAUAGAUCUCUGCUUCUCCUCCAUCAUUACCCCUAAAAUGCUGGUGAAUUUUGUGUCAGAGAAGAAUGUCAUCUCCUAUGCGGGCUGCAUGUCACAGCUCUCUGUCUUCUUUGUGUUUGUCAUUGCCGAGUGUUACAUGCUGACAGUGAUGGCCUAUGACCGCUAUGUCGCCAUCUGCAGACCUUUGCUUUACAACGUCAUCAUGUCUCAUCAAGUCUGCUCCCUGUUGGUGGCUGUGGUCUAUGCCAUAAGGCUCAUUGACUCAACAAUAGGGACUGUCCUCAUGAUAAAACUGUCCUACUGUGAGCUCAUCAGUCACUACUUCUGUGACAUUGUCCCCCUCAUGAAGCUGUCCUGCUCCAGCACCUAUGAUGUUGAAAUGACACUAUUCUGUGGGGCUGGAUUCAACCCUGUAGUUACCAGCUUAAUAGUCCUGGUUUCCUACGCCUUCAUCCUUUCCAGCAUCCUCCACAUCAGCACCACAGAGGGCAGGUCCAAAGCCUUCAGCACCUGCAGCUCCCACCUGGCAGCGGUGGGCUUGCCCUAUGGAUCCAGUGCUUUCAUGUACUUAAAGCCCUCCACGGCCAACUCCCUGGCCUGGGAGAACGUGGCCUCUGUGUUCUACACCACAGUCAUCCCCCUGCUCAACCCCCUGAUCUACAGCUUGAGGAAUAAGGAGGUAAAGGCUGCCGUGCAAAGAACACUGAGGAGAAAAGUGUUUCUGAGUUAA